GCCCACACCUGGCUCGGCCUGCGUCGCCUUGACAACGGGGAGGCGGAUGCCCGUGGCCCGGGAGCGCCCAGCUGGCGCUGCGGCAGUCCUUGCGAGGCGGCCGGGCGGCCGCUUCUUUUCCCGCCUGCGGCGAGGCGCCGCCCGCCCUCCGGGGCUGCCAUGUCCCUCCCGAGGGCCCAGGGGGAGCGGGACCAGCCCCUCGGCCGGGCGGCCCCCGAGACGGAGUGCGGCAUCUGCUGCGAGAGCUUUGACGGGCGCGCCCGGCGGCCCAAGCUGCUCGGCUGCUGCCACCAGGUGUGCGCCCGCUGCCUGCGCCGGAUGGUGGAGGCGGGCGGCUCCCCCGGCAGCCUCUGCUGCCCCUUCUGCCGGCAGGAGACGCCGGUGCCGGGCGAGGACGUGGCGCGGCUGCCUGACAACGGGCGCGUGUUGGCGCUGCUCUGCAAGCCCCCGCCGUCCCCGGAGGUCCUGCUGUGCCCCGGCGUGCUGGAACCCUUCGCGGACGGCAAGCACCGCUCCUCGGACUGCCUGGUCAUCACCCUGCUGGAGGUGCCCGAGGAGGCGGCUGCCCCCGAGGCGCUGGACCUAGUGGACGUGAUGCGCUUCUACCGCCCGCCCAGCUUGGCCUCCUUGCCCUGCCACGGCCCGCUGCCCCUCUGCCGGGCCUGCGGCACCCAGCGAGCCGUCCCCCGGUUCCUGCUCGGGCUGCUGGGCCUGGUCUAUUUCAGCUCCCUGCCCCUGGGCAUCUACCUCCUGCUGGUGGAGCGCCCCAACCUGGGCCUGGGCCUGGUCAGCCUGGUGCCCUCCACCCUCCUGCUCUGCAUCUUCUACAGCCUCUGCCAGUGCCUCUGCCAGGACAUCUUUGACUUGCCCGCCUGAACUGCCUUGGGAGGCCACCCGCACCCCACCCGACCUCCACGCUCCUUCACACAGACCCCCCCCCUUGCCCCCAGGGCACCUCCUGGGGCUGCCAGGCAACCCCUGAGGUCCAUUUCAUGGCAGGGGCGGGGCAGCUUCCCUCCGGAAACCUCAAUUCUGUGAAGCUGUGUCACCCGGAUGGCAGAGAUGCACAUGAUGCCCAGCCUCCUCCUUUCUUGCUUGUGGAUGCCUUUGUCACCAGGAACAGCCAACCCGUUUGGGACGGAAAACUGCGCAAGGAGCCUGCAGGCCAAGAAGAGCCUCUGAAGUGACCCCAAGGGAACCAUUCCUUACAACAGAAAUUGAACCUUCAUGCAUAGUGGCAGCGUACCUGACAACCACACCCCGUCUUGCAAAUUGACAUCCUUUACCUGCAUUUCAGUAUUAGGAAGAUUUAGGCCGGAGACUUUGGAAAAUGCUGGAGCUGGCAGGUGGGAGGCGAACUCCCCAGUCGAUCCAUCUGGAUGAAGGUCUUUCUGGAGGGACGGUGGGGGGACGAUGGGGAAGGGGGUUCCAGGAAAAGAGGCCUGAGGAGCAGCCCAGUGAGAGCCUGUUGCUUCCUCACCCCGAUGGGGCUGCAGGUGGCAGGUGAGCAACAAUAAAACCUGGGCAGGAAUGAUGGAGGAGGCUCCCCCUGUCUCUCUGGGUGCCCUUCCCAGCUCCUGUGCAGCAUUCGCACCCUGACCCUGCCUCUACUCCCCAGAGGUUGUGCCAGGCUGGAUGCCCAGACUGGCAAUGGGCAAGUUCUUGAUGCAAUGAAGGAAGUGUGCCAGGAGAUGGGCCUCAUGGGGAAAAGGGGGUGCCAGAGGUCAUCCAAAAGUCCCCUGGCGAUUCAGCUCAAGGCUCUGCAUCUUUCCUGGAAUUCCCCUCCUGACCUUUCAGUUUGUCUGGCUUCUUUCCUCCUGGGGGAGAAAGUGGGUACGCCCUUUCUUUUCUGGCUGAGGACUCAUGGCACCCCUGGAAUCCCAUAUUCCAGCAUCCCCCUCCCUUGUGGUCCCCUUCAGGAAAGCACUCAGGGCCUCCAACACUGCCAAGGCUGAUCAAGCCGCCAAAUCCCAGGGUCAGAAGGGACCCUUGAGGACAUCCAGACCAUCCCCACUCAAUACAGGGGGGCAUCCCAAAGACAAAUGACACAGCCUCCCUCCCCCUGCCAGCCUGGCUCCCUUGUCCCUCCGCUCAGACUCUUCAGGCCCACUGCCUUCCUUCCUCUGGCUGAAGGUCCCUCUGGAAGGCUCUGGGGCUUUGUGGGGCCAUCCACACAAUUGCUCCAUUUCUGUCUGGGGGGAGCAGUUGAAGGAGGCAGAGGGGCCAGUGGGGGGCAGGAUCUGCCAGAGGAACCCUUGGGUGGGAGGCAUCCGGCCUUUGGGAGCCCUCAGUGAUGGCCAGGGUGUGUGUGUGUGCUCCAAGUGAGACUCUGGCAAUGGGGGUGGGUGGGUUUUGCAAAACUGGCCUUGGGUCUCUCUUCCCCCACCUCCAAAUGCCCACAAGGGACGUGUGUCUCACCACUCAGAGACCGGCUUUGCUGUGCAAAAUCUGGAGUCUCAUUCUCUGUCUGUGGGGUCUGCCUUGGGACAUCUGGAGUCAGAGGAGAGGAAACAGUUCCCCACUUCCCCCCACAAACACAGUAAUGUGGGUGCUCUGCCCUGCAGCCUCUUUUCUCUCCUCUCCCAGUCCUGGCGCCCAGGAAUAAAGCAAGGGGGCAGGACAGCUUUGGCUAAAUCUGGGUCGGGGAUGCCAGGAUCCCCACAAGAGAGGCAGACCCCCCACUCCCACCACCAAUCGCCCCUCUCUGCCCUGUUAGGCUCAACUUGGUCUCCUCAGUGGCUGCAUCUCAGACAUCAUGUCACACAGAGAGUAAUCCAGCCCAGAGGAGGCAGAGCUGCAGAGAAGAACUGCCAGCAAGGCUAAACCUUGUUUUACUAACCUAGAAUCAUUCUGUGAGUUGGAGGCAGGGUGGCUCUGGACUUCAAAGAGUGAAGUGGGGGGAGGAAUUCAAAGGAGCCGAGAGAGAUCCGUGUUGGGAGCAGCACACUUUGAACAUACAGUAGGUAGCCCGCAACUUACAACCAUCCGUUUAAUGGCCGUUCGAAGUUACAACAGCACUGAAAAAUAUGAUUUCCGACCAUUACAGCAUCUCUAUGGUCACGUGACCAAACAUCAGACCACCCUGGCUCAUAUUUAUGAUGGUUGCCAUGUCCCGGAGUUCAUGUGAUCCCCUUUUGCCACCUUCUGACCAGGAAAGUGUUUCUUCAUGGGGAAGCCAGAUUCACUUAACAACUGUGGCAAAAGAGGUCGUAAAAUGGGGCAAAACUUCAGAUCCGAAGGCCCAGAUGAUGGUGGAGGAGCUGCCUGGGGAGGUUGCUGUGAGUAACCCUGACAUAUGGGCGCCUAUCAAUCAAAGGUUUGAAAAAACAGAGAUGGGUGUAAUUAGAAUGUUUCCUAUUACAUUAAUUGUUCGGUCUGUGAUAAUUCUCAGCCUUUCACAUUUGACAUGACGAUUCACACGUGAGAUUAUUCUCAUAUUUGGUUGAACUUAGAGUAUUAAAUUUUUGAUGUUUUGGUAUGGUACAUCUGGCAA